GGCCAAUAGGCAUUGGUCACGUGACUCAGCCGAGCGCUUCUUCCUCUUCACAUGAGCCGCCGAGCCUACGGCCGGGAGCUAUGGAGGAAUAUGCCCGGGAACCCUGCCCCUGGCGGAUUGUGGAUGACUGUGGUGGUGCCUUUACUAUGGGGAUGAUUGGUGGGGGUGUCUUUCAGGCAAUCAAAGGCUUCCGCAAUGCUCCGGUGGGUGUCAGGCAUCGGUUCAAAGGCAGCAUCAAUGCUAUCAGAGUCAGAGCACCACAGAUCGGAGGGAGCUUUGCAGUGUGGGGUGGGCUUUUUUCUACCAUUGACUGUGGUCUGGUGAAGAUGCGAGGCAAAGAGGAUCCUUGGAAUUCCAUCACCAGCGGGGCACUCACUGGGGCCGUAUUAGCAUCACGCAGUGGGCCGUUGGCCAUGGUAGGCUCUGCUAUGAUGGGAGGCAUCUUGCUUGCCCUGAUAGAAGGUGUUGGAAUUUUGUUGACAAGAUAUACAGCUCAGCAGUUCCAGAACCCCAAUCCCUUUGGAGAAGAUCCCAGUCAGCUGCCUCCCAAGGAUGGUUCACCACCUACAGGAUAUACAGGCUAUGGACAUUAUCAGUGAACCAGUGUGGGGCCAGAAUCACUUCUAUUUUUGGCAGGGAUGGGGCAAGAUUUUUCCCCUUGAAACUAAGACAUUCACCCAAGAGUGCAAACAAAGCAUGGAAGGGAUUUGGUUCCUGCAGUUAUCUUUUAAGUUUUUGGGGGGCAAGGAAAAUGGGGGGGUGAGCUGUAUAAUAUCUACCUCUAUGAGGGGUUAGGAAGCUUGCAGUGAUGAAAUGAGGUGCCCCAGGAUUAAUUCCAUAUGAUGAAGGAACCAAAGCUUAUUCAGAGAACUUGGAAUCCUAGGAUGAUAUUUGCCUGAAGAACUGGGGCGUGCAAUUACAGUUACAGCAAUUACAGUUACAGACUCUGGCAAAUUUUAAAGGGCUGUUUCUUGGCUUUCUGGUGGAGUGUCUCCUCCAAUUUUCUCUGUUGGUGGGAACUCCUCUUAACUUAUCAUUUAAAGAUCUGUAAACAAAGCAGUGUGUUUUCCCAGACCUUGGGUGAAAGGGUGAUUGUAACAAGGGGAAGCUAUGUCACUAUAGCAAUUACCAGAGUCCCACAGGUGAAGAUAUCCUGUGAUAAGCCUCUUCCUUGUAGGUCAGGUCCCCAUGUACUAUUGAGCCAGAAUAAGAGAUGCUGCUACCCUGAGUCCUCACCCUUUUCUUGUGUUUAAUAAUACUGCUUUUGCUCAUUGCUUAGGUUUGAAAAAACAAGGUGGGUCAAAACAAAACAGGGUUCAUGUCCUUGACUCAGCUUAUGAGGGUGUUAAGUUGUAUAGGCCUCCCUUGGAACCAAGUUUUAUUCCAAUAAAAUGCUGCAUCAGUUCUAUCUUUACAACAACUAACCAGGACAGACUAGCAGAACAGAGAGUGUGUUUCAGCCUCUAAAAUGCCAUCUAGGAUAUUGAAACAGUGCUUUAGUUGUGGAUACUGAACAAUCCAAAACUCUUUUGAGAUCCAAAUUGACAUUGCCCCUCCCUCCCUUGCCCAUCUAAGCCAAGCCACCUCUAACCCUGCAGUAUAAUUUUGGUUUCAGUUUUAUAUACUUGGCCUUUGUGGGCUAAGGACCUCAAUUCACAGUACAAAAGACCUAUUAAGAUAGGAUUUAAAUUCUACUUUAAAAAUGUGUUGCAUCUCCUUCUAAUGCGAAUCACAAGACUGGCUCUUUAUAAAACAGACCUAGUAGUACAUACCCUCCAGCUUGAAGAUCUUCUGAUAUUGGGGCAAUUUGUAUUUCAAUAUCAUUUUAAAGAAAGACUCUGUAUUAUGUUACAGAUGUAAAUACAAACCUGGCUUUUUUGCAUC